UCGCUUUUCCGACUCUACUACAUCAUGGCCGACGGAGUCGUCUCCNCGCCAGCUCUCCUGGCAGCAACCACUCCAGAUCCUCUCAACAUGAACACCCCCGACUUUGCACUCACGCCGUCGACGGCAGCCACCACCGCCCUCGCUACACCCAGCUCCAUCCAACACCAACACGUCCCUCAAUCAUCCGCAGCCAAGCCUGCAAAGAAGCGCAAGUCAUGGGGCCAGGCGCUCCCCGAACCAAAGACCAACCUGCCGCCUCGAAAGCGGGCCAAGACUGCCGACGAGAAGGAGCAGCGCCGCAUUGAACGUAUCAAGCGCAACCGCGCCGCUGCACACAACUCUCGGGAACGCAAGCGCCAGGAGGCCGAGCGUCUCGAAGUCGAGAAUCACGCCCUCAAACAGCAGAUCAACGCUCUGCAACAACAACUCGCCCAGAAGGACGUCACCCUUGACAAGUGCAAGGAGAUCAUCCCUGGCGGCCUCCCCGAACUCACACCGGAAGAACUGGCCAACAUCAAGGUGCCCGAAGAAAGCAUUGUCUCUCCUUCAUCAUCAUAUGAUACCAUCGACCCUCGCGCCUCUCUGGCGCCUUCAUCCAUCAACGAAGACUACAUGACGCCAUCAAUCAAGAUGGAGCCCAUGUCGCCGGCUUCUCAGAUGCACCUCNCCCCUUCGGCUGUCCACAGGACAAGCAUCUCGCUCGACCAGACACAACAUUCUGCUGCGAUGUUGUGCGACCUGCAGUGUCGGUCGAGCGAGAACCACAGCCGUUCAAGGUGGAGUCUGAUUAUGAUCUAUUUGAUGCAUCUGAACAUCAUGACCUUCUACAAGAGUCUCAUGGUAGCUUCGUGGACCUUAUGGCCGACUCGUAUGGCCACGAUGAUGACUCAGGUCUCAGCCACUUUGACAACCUCAUCGAAUACGAUGAUGUUCACUCCAACUACACGACGAACGCUACGACGACUGACGGCGGCGACGACCUCUUCAACCUCUCUAAUUAUGGCCUCAAGGACACUUUUCUUGCUCCUGAGCUUACUCUCGCAUCGGCUCCCAACCUCUGUGACUUCAGCGCAACUUUUUGCGACGGGUCCUAGGNUUCUUGGUGUUAGCGCUCUCCAAGCGCUGCCUAUUUCCGAGAGCGAGAGCAAGCAGGAAAAGGAAGUGUUUGAGAGAGACUUUACAGAGAUAUUGAGAGAUGUGGCGGCUAACGGUUAUCUAAGGCGUUCUGGGAGUAACGGGGGCACUUUGGGAAAGUCAUCGUCCGAAGAGCGAAAGGACUCUGGCGGGAUUGGAUGA